UGAACCUCCGAAAAGGACGCUCUUCGUCGACGGCGGCUUGUGCUGCCCCGGCGUUGAAAAUAACAACCAGGGCAGCUACAUGUUGGAGACAACUUUUUCUGUGGACGAGCACGACAGUACUACGGCACCAGCUGCAAUUCCUGACUAACAACAGCGCCGUCUUUGUCCAUACUGCCGUCGAAGCCAUCGACACGCAGCGGGUCAGUAAAACAAGUAAAGACAUGCAGUCCGACCGCGCAGGAGCCAAGACCAGUAGUAGCAGUAAGGACGAUGAAAACUACAAGGCGAAAAUUGCAGAUGAGAAGAAUCAAAAUCAUCCUUCGGGUCUUCUUCCUGCGGAGCCACCAGCGCAAGGAGCUCCUGGUGCACCAUCAUCCACAGCACGACAAGCUUCUGCUACUACAACUGCCAGCGAUCUUGAACAAGAAGAGCCUUCCUGGACGAGCUUCCUCGCUUUUACCCAGAACGGGCAGAGCAAAACGAAGAAGUUUCUGGAGCGACGAGAAGACCGGGAGCCUGCGUGGACGUUUCAAACCAUGAUCGACUUGGCUGAUACGGUUAGCAUCACUCUCGGGUACGCUGGGGAUGUUGAGCUCGCAAGCCACAACAACUGCGCGGGUGACGAGGAGGACGACGAUGCUGGCACAUCAACCGGGUGUGCUGCUGCUACGUCGAAAACGAAAUCUGCCACCACUUUUGUGGAACUGGAAAAGCUGAACGCGAAUACCGGAGGUGGACAGCAUAUGGAAGCGUCAGGUUUGAAAUCGUCAAAGUUGAAAUAAUUUGUAAUGCAUAAAAUGCGAUGCAAAGAGUGACCCUAUUGCAGAGGACCCAAGGGAGGCAGAUUAUAGUCUUGGCAAGGGUCAAAAGUUGGACUGCUAACUAGCAAGACAGAAGGCAGCUCUUUUGCCGUAAACCGCAUGACAGACUCGCUUCCAGGACCGGGAAAAUUUGCCAUGCACCGACUACAGACUGCAGGUCUAACUGGUAUCCGUUUUAUGCAUGACAAACUAUUUCAACUUUGACGAUUUCAAACCUGACACAUCCAGCAUACAGCAGCAGGGACAGCAGCAGGGACAGCAGCAGCAGCAGCAGCAGCAGAUGACGGCUUCGCAGGAUCUCCAGGCCACCUCUAACGCAGCUUACGAAAUGGAAAUCUUGCAAAAGAUUCGCACUAAGUACUAGUAGUUGUCAUUGCAACAAGUACACAAAAGAUCGAGAUUAGCUCAGCGUGACAAGUUGUGCAUCAAGUAGUGGGUGGAUUUGUCAUGCUGAUUUAGCUUUGAAAGCGAAACAAGGAGAUUUGUCUUGCACGCCUGCGAUUUUUAGAACGAGUGCGAAGAUGCUUUUGCGCAGCAUACCGCUUGGAAGCAGGCGAAAGCCAACAUGGCAAACGACGUGGGCACAGCAGUGGACAUGACCGCAAUAUCCAACAAAAAAACUGUGUAGGUGUAACUUUGUGUUGCAGACGAUGCAAGACAAGUACACCUCCUGUCUUGUUGGACAUGCGUCAGAGGCUCUUACUUUCGUACGUGUUUACACGUACGUGUUUAAUACACGUUGUACUAGCUGCGCAUGACAGGUGGUUUUCUAUGUCAUGCCGAGCAAACUUGUGAUGCUAUCCUCCAAGAAAGUUACACAACUUACGCAGUUUUUUUCUUGCAUACGCGAAAGGAUGCGCUUGUGCUAUGGUGUGCACGAUCGUUUUUUUGGGCUGCGCCGGGGUGAUCUAUGGAUUGCAAAAGUGUCUGGGUCUGGAAACUUGUGAUGCUGAGUGGCGAAUCAUGAGGAUGCCACAAGUGACGGCUCAGCAUGACAAGUUUCGGACUUGCUACGUGUUGUCUAUUCAGAAUGACAAACUGCGUUUUCGCAUGACAGAAAAUUGGAGCUCGAGCUUCAGCUUUUGGAUAACGUGCAUGACAGACUUGAAAGUCAUGCUCGCUGAGUAUGACAAACUUCCUCGCUUCCAGACCCAGACAUAUUUGCAAUUGAUAUGAUCGUGCUUGGAAUCAUCUUCUACAUCAUCGUGCGGUGCUGGAUAUCCUGUGCAAAAGUAUCGUAUUCGUAUUGCAAUCAUGCAUUACAAAUCUUUUUCCCGAGGUAAAUCCGCAUUGCAAAUUUUAUUUCUCAUGCUGGGGAGAUUUGUAUAUGCAUUUAUAGUUUAUACGAGUAUGAUACUUUUGCAGUUCAUACUGGGACUCCAGCGACGCCAAAAAGCAGGCCGCGACAGCAGCUACAACAACUCCGGGCCCCGGCGGACUGACUGCAGCGGACCAGAACGCGCUGUUCCGCGCACUUAUCAAAUGCAAAAAUGUCUGUGUCUGUGAGGAUGGAAUUUGUGAUGCGUCCUGUGGGUCUUCACACAAAAAUCUGUGUUGCGUGAUCGCCAAAAGUUGUCCUUUUUUAUACCAACAUGAGCGGGAGUUUCUCACGCAGGGUGGGCAUGAUAGAGACUUCGCAGAAUCUGUCAUGCUAGGCCCCGCAUUCCAGACCUCAUGGGGCAUGGAAAAUAUGCGUGACAAGUCUGCACUCUUCCAGACCCAGACGCUUUUGCAUUUGAUAGCACGUGAGCAGGAGCGGGUGCAGGGGGCGGAGGACUACGGGGGGACCCAGCAGGAGUCGUGAGCAGGACGACAAGUUGUACUACAUCGGAGGUAGUUGAUGGUCCACUUCUUCUACAUUCGGAGAAGGAGGAGCAGCAGAUUUGUUAUCUGAAGGAGCACGUCGAACUCCUGUAGCAGUUCCACGGACGUCGACUACACGUUGUCACCACAGGCUGAUCAUGAAUGUACUAGCAUAAACUCUAGCUCUACUCCUCGAUAGAGUCGAGUCUGUCACCCCGCCGGGGGACUGGGACUCGUCUUCUUCCGGAAACUAUUGAGGGUAAAGAGAUGCGCCACAACCUCCACGACUACGAUGGUGAGUAGCUGCAUUUUUACUUUUUAUUCCGGACCAAGUUUGUUGACGUGUGUCUUUCAUCGCACAAGAUUCUAUACUAUCUCGGUUUGCUGUCGUGCCCCGUGGCUGCAAGCACUGAAGGAGCGCGACCUUUAUGAAUGAUGUCUACUUGUUUAUCAUUUUCACACGAACACGUAUGUACUCUAUCGCUUGAUGUUAACACUGGAAUAUUUCAGGUCGAGUUUCCGACCGUUGAUGAAGAUGAGAUCGAUCGAAUAUUUUUGUACAAUUUUUGUGGGAGAGCAUCGACCUCCAAAAUGAUGAAAAC